GAAACUUCCGGAAACUUCUGCGGGAUUCCAGGUGAUUCUUUCCCAAAUACGUCACUUCCAGAGCUCGGAUAAAAGGUCGGACAGAGGUUUUCCGACACAUUCAGACAAGAUUUCGGGCGAUUUUACAAGCCCACGGAACCGUGAACGAACGCAGGACUUUCCUAGAAGUUCUAGAGACAAAACUAGCGGCUUUCGAGGUGAAGAAGUCGGUUUUGUUGUGAGAAUUCCGCACGUAACUAAGGACUGACAGAUAUCGGCGCCCUUAAAUAUCGAUCGAGCGAACCUCGGAUUCAAGGAGGAUCAUCCCCGAGAAGAAAUCUGUGUUUCUAAUCGGUGAGAGGUAGGACAAUAUAGUACCGCCAUGGGGAAGGACUACUACAAAGUACUGGGCAUUUCCAGAGACGCGAACGAGGACCAGAUCAAAAAGGCGUACAGAAAGAUGGCGCUGAAAUACCACCCCGACAAAAACAAGUCUGCCGGGGCAGAGGAGAAAUUCAAGGAGAUCGCGGAGGCGUAUGAAGUCUUGAGCGAUCCUAAGAAGAGAGAGAUAUACGACCAGUAUGGAGAGGAGGGUCUGAAGGGGGGUGGCGGAGGUGGUGGCGGCGGCACCGGAGGCCCUGGCGGUUACACAUACACCUUCCACGGCGACCCCAACGAAACCUUCCAGAGGUUUUUCGGAACAUCCAACCCCUUUGAGGCGUUCUCCUUCAUGAGUAAUGGCGGAUCCCAUCGCAUGUUCUUUAGUUCAACGGGCGACCCCUUUGGCAGACAACACAUGCAACACAUGCAACACAUGCACCCUUUUGGGGGAUUUCAAACUCAAAGUUCUGGAGGGAGAGGCCAUGACGGGUUUGGGGUGGAUCCGAUGGAGGUUGACGAUGAUCCUUUCUCCUUCGGACACAUGGGAGGCAUGGGGGGAGGGCACGGGCCAACAAGGAUGAGGAAAGAAGUACAGGACCCCCCCAUCACUCACAACCUCAUGGUCUCGCUGGACGAGGUUUAUCGCAGCACCACGAAAAAGAUGAAAAUCAACCGUCAGGUGAUCGGGGCGGACGGUUACGCGCGGCGAGAAGACAAGGUUCUGGAGAUCCAGAUCAAGAAGGGCUGGAAGGAAGGAACCAAGAUCACGUUUCCCAAGGAGGGUGACCAGAAACCCGGCCAUAUUCCCGCAGAUAUCGUCUUUGUCUUGAAGGACAAGCCACACCCGGUCUUCAAGAGAGAUGGGAGUAACCUGAUCUACACAGCAAAACUGUCUCUUAGAGAUGCCUUGGUUGGUUGUACAGUGCAAGUCCCCACCCUGGACCAGGGCAGGACAGUCCCCAUCCACUGUCAGGACAUUAUCAAACCUACGUCCAAAAAAAUCAUCCGUGGGGAGGGACUCCCCUUCCCGAAACAGCCCAGCCAGCGAGGGAACGUUGUUGUACAGUUUGACAUCCAGUUUCCCAACGGACUAUCGCCGUCGACGAAGGACAUUUUACGGGACUGUCUACCAGCGUAGAUACUGUUUAAUAGGAACUGCAGAUGUGUGGAUAGCAGAACUAUGCUUUGGGAUGUGUCUUAAAGCUUACAGCCAAUGGUGUCGGAACUAACUUCAGAUUUAAGACCAACGCGGAUCUUUCACAAAGAAAGGACAAUGUUCGUGUCAAGGAAGAAACAUCUCAUUUAAAGUAUAUUUUGCAGAAUAGACGUUUGUAUGGUCGUUGGACGGAGAUCCAUAAUAAGGGUGACACUGCAGUGGAGCAACUGGUGUAGGCCAAAUUAAGGCAAGCUAUAUAUAUAUAGGUUUAAUGUACAUUGUUUAAAAUACUGUGUAGUUGCACAGUAGGCCAAACUGUUCACACAAGCCAAGUGUACAGAGACUUAACACCAGUAUAAAUUGCAAUACGAGGAAUUCUAGUACAAUUAAGUACUGUACAUGAGACUUUAAAACAUGUACAAGUACAAGCUGCAAUGAUUAUAAGGUAUAUAAAACAUGCACCAAGAUGCAGUGUAGAUGUACAGUGUGUGUCUGUGGUCAACAUGUGAUAGUUAGAAUGAUAACAAUGAUAUUUUUGUAUACUGGGUAUACAGUCGUAACAUUAAAUGAGAGUGAACACUGU